AUGGGCCGGACCCGAGUCCAACCAACCAACGUGCGGUUCGUCUGCGGACUCUCCGGAUACUUCCACAAGGACCUCGCCGCCGUCAAGUCAAGCCCGCACUUUGACCCCCUCGCCGUCGACGGCGCCCCCGUAACGCCCGGCUUCACCAGCGUCCACCUCCCGUUUCUGCGCGCCGUCGCCGGGCCGUGGCUGCUCCGCCGCGACGUCUCAGUUUUUCGUGCGAACGCGAUCGCCGUAGACGCCCUGGGCGGCAGCGGCGGGUGUGGGAGGCGGCUGCACACGGCGGUGCGCUACGGUCUCACGCAGGCGCUGCUGUCGGCGACGGCUCUGGUCUGGCGCUGCACCGCCGCCGAGGUAAUCGCGCGCGAGUGGGCGGUCGAGAUGAGCGCGCGGCCGGUGGACAUCCUAGCGUCGUGUCACUGCAACGACUGGCUGCAGCUGGACAGGAUGAUCAUGAAGCGAGUGGCCCUCUUGCCUCACGCGUCGUUUGUCCACGUACGCGACAUCGGGCCGGAGGGAGAUUACCUGCUCGAGUACGUGCGCUCGGUUUCGAGACGAAUCCAAGAACGAGGAGCUUCAGACUACCACCCGCGGCUGCACUUUGACGUCUACGGCAGGCUCGGCGAAGCCUUCGCCGACGCGGAGAUCCCGAGCUUCAUGGAGCUCGUCGCGCGCGCUGCGCAUCCCUACGGCCCCGUGCUCAUCGAGUCGCCCAUCGUAGCGUCCUCCCGGGAAGCGCAGAUCCAGCGUCCGCGGCAGCUCAAGCAGCCUGCAUGCCCGUCGCAUCGCCGUCCAGAUCGUCGCCGACGAGUGGUGCAACACUCUUGA